AUGGAGGAGAUAAUUGUAGAUUGGAACGAGAAAGAUUUCUCAGCAAGUGAGCCGAUCUACUGCGAAAUUUGCUGUACAGAAGAUGUCAAGCCGGAAGAUCAAACAAAGUGUGCAGAAGGUCAUAUAUUCUGUAAAACUUGUGCAGGAAAUAUGGCUCAAGUACAAAUAAACAACUUUCAAGUGAGCUUACCAUGUAUGUCAAUGAAAGGUUGCGAAGCAGAAUUCGAAGAAGAAGAAGCAAAAGCGUUCUUGACUGAAGUACUUUACAAAAAAUGGAAAGAACUUUAUAUUGAAAAAUUUGCGAAAGAUUUGGGUAUCAAAGAAGCCCUGGAAUUUUGCCCUUUUUGCGAUUUCAAUCGAGUUUCAUUUCAUAUAACAGAGGUUCAUACAUUUAUAUGCGAAAAUCGAAGCUGCGGGAAAUGGUCAUGUCUCAAAUGCAAAGAAGAAGAUCAUAGCCCACUUUCGUGUGAAGAAGCAGAAAGGAUUCUAACAAAUGUUGAAGAUCAGAAAGCAAAAUUCGUAUUUGAGGCAACUGUUCGUCGAUGUCCUUCAGCAAGCUGCGGAAUUGCAAUCGAGAAAGAUGAAAUUAUCGCGCGAGAGGCAGAAGCAGCAGAAAAGGAAUUUGAAAAGGUAUAUUUACAGCAAAACUUCGUUAAGGAACGCAAGCAAGCCUUGAAAAAUACUAUAGCACAAGCUCGAGAGAGAGAGCACGCUCGACUUUUGAGCCAACAAAUACGUGAACAAGAAGAGCAAGAACGAAAUUCACUCAUGCAAGAAGCUUAUUUGCAUAAAGCACAUCUACCAUGUUUAUCUUCGGAGGACUGCAAAGCACAAUUUGGAUUUGAAGAAGCAAAAAAGUUCUUACCGGAAAAGUUAUAUGAUCGUUGGCAAAAGCUAAGUUUCCAAGAACUGAUGAAGGCCCUAGACUUCAAUGAAGAAUUAUGCCCGUUUUGCGACUAUGCUUGCAUACUUACAGGAGCCUACGAUUUCGGUAUCUUUAUGUGUGGAAAUCGGCAAUGUGCAAAAUGGUCAUGUCGGACAUGUAGAGCUGAAGACCAUACACCCUUGACUUGUCAACAGUCAUUAGGGACAUUGAGAUGGGAUGAUAAAAGGCAUAUAGAGAAAUACCUUUCCGACGCCAUUAUUCGUCGUUGUCCUAAUAAAAGUUGUUUCACACCUAUCGAGAAAGCAGAAGGCUGUAAUCAUAUGGAAUGCCGAAAAUGCGGUACACAUUUUUGCUAUCUUUGCAGAAAAGAUAUCUCCGUUAACGUUUAUCAACAUUUUCAAAAUUCAAGCUGCGAAUUAUUUCAGGAUGCGGAAGAAGUUAUUGCAAAGGAGUAUGCAGAAGCUGAAGAAAGACUAAAAGACGAUGCUCUACAGCUGCAAUUGAAAAGAGAAGCUUUAGAAGAUGCACGAAAAAAAUUUCAUGCGAAACAACAAGAGCAUGCAGCAAAAGUUCAAGCAUGCUUCUCACGUGAAUUCAGGUCCUUUCCUUGGUAA